AGGCAGCUAAUCAACGUCUUGCCCAAAUUUUAAAUGUUGAAAAACCACCAGAGGGCCGUAUAAAUACCACGCCAUUACCAAAUCCAUGGGCUCCAAGGAAUAACAAUAAUCUUGGAAGUUUAGGCGGGAUAACAUCAUCAGGAAAUGUAACAAAUCCUUUUGGUGGAAUACCAUCCUUUAGUUUAAUGGGAUUUCCGCCUAAUCAAGCACCCUUUCAAUCUUUAUCUACCAAUACUAAUAACAGAUUACCAAAUAGUAAUUCGCAAUUAAAUAACGGAUCAUCGGCACCAACUAAUAAUACAUCAUCACAACCUUCUUCCACGAACGGUCUUCCACAGAAUUUCCCUAGCGUUAGAUUUUCAUCACAUCCACGGAGUUUACCAACAUCUUCUAAUCCUGAUUUUAUUAGGUUUCAACAAAUAAUGCAACGUCCGCAAACUUUUUUUCAUCAAUUUGGAUCACAUUCACCUUUUUUCACAAACAAUGUUUCUCCACCACCAGCACUCAGGAGAAGCUUUCAAACAACAUCAACAACACCUACUACAUCAACGGCUACAUCAACGCCUACAUCAACCACGUCAUCAUCACCAUCAACGGUAGCAACAUCGACCACGUCAACAACGCCACAACCUAUCAAUCAAUCAUCCGAACCUCCUGAGGCUCGUUUCCGAGAACAACUUCGAAAUUUAAAAGAUAUGGGAUUUAUGGAUCAAGCUGCAAAUAUUCGUGCAUUACUUGCUGCUGGUGGUGAUGUUAAUUCUGCACAAUGA